UAUGAGUUCAAAUUUAACACUAAACGAAGAAGAAAUAAAAGGACAACAACCACAACAACAACAUUUUGAUAGUGAAACAUUCUCAACAAGAUCAAAUUCAAUAGUAUCAAGAAAUUCUGAAUUGACGGCAGAUACUGGGCAAACUUCUUCAAGUUCGUUAAACGAUGUACACACGUCAGAAAACUUUACAUUCAUUCCUUCCGGUUUCCAAGCGGUGAAAAGCUUAGAUCAUGCCUCUAAAGAUUGCUGCAUUUCCGCCAUCACUUUCAAUGGAAGAACGAAAAAAUUAGUUAUUGCUGGAGGCAGCGCAAUAUGGACAUGGGAUUACGCUGAUGUGUCCGAUUCGGCCGUUAAGGUUUACGAUUUCCCAAAAUACGAAUACAAAGUAGUAAAGCAGAUGCUUUAUGUUAAGAAGUUUAACGUCUACUUUAUAUUGAAGAAAAAUUAUAACCUUAUGGUUCUAAAUGGAAACUUUGAAGAGACUUUUCUUGUUGAUUGCGAAAUGACAUCAAUUAUGUUUAUUAAAUUUAAUAGAGAGACUGAUGAGUUACUUACCGGAAGCGUAGAAGGGAUUAAGAUAUGGAAGUAUGAUCAAAUUCAGCCUACGAAUAAAAUAGACGUUCUUAAGCCUAUGAUAAAUUACGGUCUUGUAUCGAAAGGAAUUUUGAAAAAUCCUUUCGGAGAUUCAUGGAUCAAGAUGUUGCAAAUUAAUUACAAACAGCAACUCAUGUAUGGUGCUACAGAUAGUGAUUUAUUCGUUUACGAUUUCCAGAAAAGAAUGAAAUUUAGCAUUGAAAGAGCUCACGAUUUACUUAUCACAAGCUGCGUUUAUUCAGCGGAGGUUAAUCUAAUGGCGACAACCUCUGUUGAUUGUACAGUAAAAAUCUGGAAUACGCAGGGAAGUCACGUACAUACAUUUAGAGGCCAUGCCGGUGCCAUAACAGCAAUUGUCAAUCAACCAGAUGACGACGCAAUUCUAAUUACUUCCUCUUUGGAUGGUUCCAUCAGAGUUUGGUCUUUGCACAUUUUUGAACAUCUCUAUACACUAACUGCCAGUUCAGAGGGAAUUGUUUGGCUUGGCUUAAUUGAGAAUACAUCGCAACUAUUUAGCGUAACGGAAAAAGUCGUUAAUGUUUGGAAUAUGAACAAUACGGCGACAUUUUUUUCAGUAACUAGAUGCCCUAUAGUAUCGAUUAAUUUAGUGCAAGGUCAGGGUCAAAAGACUAACAGAAUUUUUUGCAUUGGCGAAGAUUCUAGCAUGAGAAUUAUUGGACAGCAGAAUAGAAAAAAUCUCUCAACAAUUCUUCCCCCACCCAACAUAUCACCGCUAAACUUCCUGCAAACAGCUUGUUAUAAUAGACAACAGAAUGUCGUCUAUGCUCAAAUAGAUAGCAAGCAUGCAUGGUUGUAUACGACCAAAACAAAUCCGUCUUGUAAAUUGACUGAGUGGAACUUAAUUGAUGUUCAAAAAGCACAAAAUAAUGCAGUAACAAAGAGGAGAGGGGCUAAAAAUCAAAUUUUAACUUAUACAGCUGUUUGUGAAAGUAGAAUGAAUAACUCUCCCGAAAAUGUCGAAUGUUUAAGCUAUUUAUCAUCUCAUAUAGAGGCAAUGGCCGAUGAAGGGCUAGUAUCAAGUAUAGAAGGUCACUUUGUAAUUGCCGGCUUAAGAGAUGGUAGAAUCUUGUUUAUGGAUCCAUUGAAAAAAGGAUUCAAGCACGCAGAAUUACAAGCCCAUAAGGAAGCUAUUACGGGAUUAAAGCAUGAUCAAUAUCAUAAUCGUUUGUUAGUCAAAUGUAAUGGCCGAACGUGCAUCAUUAUUCAAAUAUGGUCUUUGCCAAGUUUACAGCUAAUGAAUGAAGUUUACGCUCCAACUGAUCUAACUCAAUUUGCGGUCUUAGAAAACUCUAUAAUGAUGGGCUUUCAAGUUGGUUUAACAGUCUACGAAAAGUUAAAGGUUCUUGAUAAUGAUCUACAGAGAAUGCCCCCAUCAUUUUUAAAUGACGAAGGGAAAAUUUCAAGAGCAACUUUCAAACCUGAUCAUUUAACACCUGUUACAUCGGUGGACUCUUGUAUGAAAGAAAAUAUAUACUUAUCAUCAUCGAUAGAUGGCGUACUUAAAAUAUGGCUAGAAGAAAAAGUUUUGAUAACAGAGAUAAAUUUAGAGACGCCAUUAACUGCUUCAGCAUUUCUAAAUAACUUUGGAGAUGUUUUAAUUGGAUGGAAAAAUCAUUUAUUCCUAAUACAUCAUACAAAAAUAUGUUCAUUAAUAUCAUCCAAGAGCCAAUUAGACGCCUUGCCCAAUGAGACCGAAUCGUUUAUCUAUGAAGAUCCCGAUUGGCACGAUGCUAAUGUUCAUUCAGAAGAUAUGGAUUUAUAUCUUGUACCCUAUCCCGAACUUCAAUUGACCAAUGAUUUUUUACUGGGAAAAGUUAUCCCAUUCAAAAAAGAAGAGCCUGUUGUUGUAGAGGAUGAAGAAUCGACUAUUAUCGAAAGUGAAUACGAAAGUGACGAAAAUGCUCCAACUGAAAUUUUCAUGUCAACUACAUCAUCCAUGACGGAUUUAGCAAAUGUCGACUAUAGUUUGAUGGAACAUAAAACUGACAAUCAAUCCCUAAUUGAACACGGUUCAAAGUGGUAUCAACACGUAGAUGAUGCUUGGCCUUCUAUGCCUCACUUUGGCGUUACUCCCUCGACGACACCUCAACCGAACGUGGAAGGUGGAGAGAAUGAGAAUGAAUUAGACAAAAAGGAUGAGGUGGAAGAAACGGCUGAGGAAGGUACGUCGAAAGCUGCUUCGAGAAGAAUAGAACCGGAAGGAAAGGAGUCUGUUGGAAUAAUUAGUACACAUAAAGAACUAGAACUAAAUAAAAUACGAAUAAAACCACCCGGAUAUAAAGUUGAUAAGAGACCAAAAGGCACAAGUACAAAACCUAAGAGACCUUUGGUACAACCAUCUAUAAUGAUUAGUUCGUCUCAUGAUUUGCCAUACGCCAAUUUCGAAUUGAACGAAAAGGAACUGGAACAAACUAAACAAAUCGUUAGGAGGAAUUUAUCAAAAAGUCGCCCUAGCGCUAAAGCAAACAGGAAAAAAUCCAUUCAAACUACUGAGAAACCUAGUCAAAAUACUCAUAAAAAGGAAUCAGUUAGACCGAAAGUUGUUAGAAGAGUCGAUAAAUCUUUGAACAAUAAAGUAUCAGCUCAGAAAAUUAAUGUUCCGUCUGCCGAAAGAUUAAAUUUUUCGCCUACUAAAUCUAAAACGUCUUUCUCUAUGAAAGGGAUAUUUGAGAGUGAUGAGGAUGAAGAAGACCUUUGCUCUCAGAUUCCCAGUGGUACGCCUUCUCUUCAUACUUCCCCUGUGAAUACACCCGAACCCGAACCAACUAUGGUCAAAGAGGAGAUUGUACAGGGCAGGAAAGCGAGCUAUUCCUCUUCGAGGCAAAUAGACUCGGCUCUUGGCAGAUCUGUGCCUCCAAGCUCUGCCGCAUCUAGACCUGCAACAUCAGCUUUAUCUUUUGACGGACGAGACUCGGGAAUAGCGCCAACACCCGAUAUGGAGAAUACUACUGAGGUUGAUGUUAAUGUUGGAAUUAAGUCGUGUCUUCAGGAGAAAAGUAAGAUUUAUAGAUCUAAAACUCCUACCGUAAAAUCGUCAGAAUCUGGAGCAACUGGAGGAGGUAGCUUUAGAAGUUUUUCGCUAUCCGAUCUUGCCGAAAGUCAAGGUGGUAGUGAACAGACACUCGUUCAACCGGGUAAAAUAAGACUAUGGGAAACUGAUGUUGAUAGUUUAGAUAUAAGUUUAUUGAAAAAUGAAGAAUCGGACGUAAAAGUUGAAAAAUUUAAUACGGAAUAUUUAAAUUGGUGGAAAAAUUACUGGAAGAAACCAGUGAAGCACUUAGAGAAAAAUCAAGAGAAGAAGACGAUUAAGUUCACUCGAAGUAAGGAAUUUGUAGAGUCUCAGAGAAAGUUAAUUAAUUCCAUUUAUCAUUACGAUUCUAUGGUUGAUGCAAAAGGGCUUCCUGAUGAACUAGAGACUGACUUAAGUGGAUUAUCCGAAGAUGAAAGAGGUCUGAUGUUAAAUAGGGAGAAACUAAGAAAAUCUCAAGUAAUUCAACAAAGGCCAAACACGCCCGCAAGCGCACUACCAACCAACAGAAUAGCUUAUGGAAAUACGGAUAAUGUAUCAAAGUUAUUAAAGAAGGAUUAUGAAAAACUCCAAAAUCAAUUUGAUAUACUAUGCGGUCAAAGAGACUCCAAGUAUUACAUAAAUUUUGGAACGAAAUUCGAUAAUUGGCACGAACGGGAAAUGAAAAGAUUCGAAAUAAGUAAAAUUGUAAAAACAAUACGCGAACUAAAAGUUGAAAGGACACAAGAAAGAAUUGAUGAUAAUUUAAGACGAAGAAAGGGUAUGGUUGAAUCUAGGGAUGUCAGGCAAAGAAACCUUUUUAGAAUGUUAAGAAACGAAUUGAGUAUUGCUACUAGUCAAGCUUCUGUAAAAUCAGCAAAGAAACUCCUAAUAGACAAGGAAGAAAAACUACGUAAAGUUAAAGCCAAUUUAAAAGGAAGAGAAUUAAACCGCCUUAGGCCUAAAAUAUUUGACGCUUUUGCUCAAAGCGAUCAAGAUAUAAUGAUAAUAAACGAAAAUGGGAUUUUGGUAUCUUCUGGUUAUCGAUCAGUCAACUUACAUUUAACGCCCGAAGCGGAGAAAGAGUUAAAAGAAUUUUCCGACCUAGUCCGACAUAGUUUGCUAAGAAAUCGUUCGUCGUUAGUCAAACAACAACGCUUUAGGUACAAGAUAACAAAAGAAGAGUUGAUAUACGACGACGACGAUGAUGAUGAAGAUAACGAAAUUGAAACUACAGGAGGGGGAAUAGGGGGAAAUGAAACUGGAAAGAAUAGAGAAAUCAAUAAAGACCAUACGGCAUUCGAUCCUCGUACAAAUGAAGGAAUUAAAUGGAGACAAGAACGUUCCGUAAAGAGUAUUCCGAAUAAGACAUACCGUUACAUCUUAGUUAAGAAGACGAAGGACGAUAGCGAAUUGAAAAUCAUACCAACGUCUCUAGAAAUCGAUCUUAUACCUAAAAGAUUUCCAAAUCAAGCUCAGAGAUGGUUAGGACCAUUUCUAAAGUAA